CAUAAAAAUAAACGCACUAUUAACUAAAUAGACGUGCCAACAAUUUAAAAGAUGUGACGUAUCGAUACGCCAUACUGUGAACGAUAUAUCGAAUAUCGUUACAUAAAUGUUCGUCACCGUGUUUGGCCACUAUCCACGUUGUAUCACACCCCACUUUUUUAUGUAGCUGUCACAUUAAGAACUCACAAAUCGUGGUUGUCGCUACAGUCGAACCAUUCCAGUCAAGUCAGUUCAAGUUCAGGCAACGGUUCUUAACGGUGUCUCCGAGAUCAAAUUUCGCCUGCAAGGUCACGAGUUUUCGAGUUUAAUUCCAUCAUCAGAUUCUAUUAUUUCAUCAUUCAAACGAGCAGACUAUGGCUUCAACGGAAGGUUUUUCUACCAAAGCUAUUCACGCUGGCCAGGAUCCAUUGCAAUGGACACAUUGUGCGGUAGUACCACCUGUGGUCAUGUCUACCACAUUUCGACAAGAUGGUCCAGGCGAGCAUAGAGGUUUUGAGUAUGGUAGAAGCGGUAAUCCUACACGUAACGUGCUGGAAACGUGCCUGGCUGCUCUAGAAAAUGGCAAACACGGUUUGGUAUUUGCCUCUGGUUUGGGUACAACGACGACAAUUGGAUCGUUAUUGAAAGCAGGAGAUCAUAUUAUCUCGGGAGAUGACCUUUAUGGUGGAACAAACCGCUACUUUCAGAAAUGCUUAUCCAAGCAAAACAUCACAACCUCCUUUGUAGAUACGACUAAUGUUCAAAAUGUCAUCGAUGCCAUACAACCGAAUACGAAGAUGGUGUGGUUGGAGACGCCGACGAAUCCUUUACUGAAGCUUACAGAUGUCAGAGCCGUUGCCGACGGCUUGAAAUCUCGCCGUCCGGAUAUUAUACUAGCCGUCGAUAAUACAUUCUUAACUUGCUAUUUCCAGAAACCACUCGACUUAGGCGCCGAUAUAGUGAUAUAUUCGCUAACGAAAUACAUGAAUGGUCAUUCGGAUACCAUUAUGGGUGCAGCAAUCACGCGUCGAGAUGAUCUCGCAGAGCAGCUACGGUUCCUCCAAAAUGCUAUGGGCGUUGUUCCAUCGCCUUUCGAUUGCGCCAUGGUGAAUCGUAGCUUAAAGACGCUCGAACUGAGGAUGCAGCAACACAUGAAGAACUGCCUGGCCGUUGCGAAGUUUUUGGAGUCUAAUCCUUACGUCGAACGUGUAUUUCAUCCAUAUCUUCCAUCGCACCCGCAGCAUGAGCUCGCGUUGAAACAAACCACCGGCCACAGCGGAAUGGUUUCCUUCUAUCUGAAAGGCGAUUCCCGCAAGUUUCUCAAGGCAUUAAAGAUCUUCACCUUGGCAGAAUCACUUGGUGGUUAUGAGUCGCUAGCCGAAUUACCGAGCGUCAUGACGCACGCGUCCGUGCCAGAAGAAACGCGAAAGGCGUUAGGCAUUACUGAUCAAUUGAUUCGUUUGUCCGUCGGUCUGGAAACCGAACGGGAUCUCAUAGCCGAUAUCAAACAAGCCUUAGAGGCUUCUCAAUGA